AUGGGCCAUGUAACUGGUCUUGAUUUGAGUGAGGAGUUUAUUUCUGGAGAACUACAUAAUUCCACUCUCUUUCAAUUGCAUCAUUUGCUGCAUUUGAAUCUUGCUUACAAUGAUUUCAGCUCUUCCAUUCCUUUGAACUUUGACAAGCUCAAGAAUUUGAGGUCUUUGAAUUUUAGCAGUUGCAGGUUGAGUGGCCAUUUUCCAAAGGGUAUCUUCCAAAUACAAACUCUCAAUGUUCUUGAUGUAUCAAACAACAAGGAUCUUCAUGGAGCUUUGCCAAACUUCCAAGAAGAUGAUGCAGUUCUUCUUCACACCAUGAAUCUUAGCAACACAAAUUUCUCAGGGAAAUUACCAGGUUCUAUUUCCAAUCUAAAGCAGUUGUCUGUGUUAGAUCUAUCUAACUGCCAAUUCAUUGAAACACUCACAAUUUCAAUGUCAGAACUCACUCAUCUUGUUUACUUAGACUUGUCUUUUAACAAGUUUACCGGUUCACUCCCCUCUUUCAGAAUGAUGAAGAAUCUCAGAUAUUUAUCUCUCGCUCACAACAGCUUCACAGGAACCAUUUCAACUCAUUUUGAGGGACUUGAAAAUCUCCUCAUUAUCAAUUUAGGAGAUAAUUCUCUCAGUGGAAAAAUUCCUGCGUCACUUUUUACACUUCCAUCUUUACAAGAACUCACCCUUUCUCACAAUGGAUUUCACGGUCCAUUGGAUGAAUUCUCAAAUGUUUCUUCCUCUAAAUUACAGUUGAUUGACUUGAGCAGCAACAGCCUGGAGGGCACUAUUCCUGUAUCUAUCUUUCAUCUUGAAGAACUUCGUUUCCUACAACUUUCUGCAAAUGAAUUCAGUGGCACCAUAGCACUUGAUAGGAUCCAGAGGCUACAAAGUUUACAUACAUUAGGUCUUUCACAUAACAAUUUGUCAGUUGAUAUAACUUCAAUUGAUGAACAUGACAUUUCAUCAUUUCCCAACAUGAAAUAUUUGUUGUUGGGUUCUUGCAAUUUAGGAGAAUUCCCAGGGUUCUUGAGAAACCACCCCCAGUUGCAUGCUUUAGACCUAUCCAACAACCAGAUUCAUGGAAUAAUACCUAACUGGAUUUGGAGAUUUGACUCUCUGGUUUAUCUAAAUCUUUCCAACAAUUUUCUCACAACUAUGGAAGGGCCCUUUGAUGAUCUGCAUUCCAAGCUAUACAUUCUUGAUCUUCAUUCCAAUCAACUUCAUGGAUCAAUUCCUACUUUCACAGAAUAUGCUGUUCAUUUGGACUACUCAAGCAACAAUUUCAGCACUUUCCCACUUGACUUGAACAACUAUAUCCCUUUUGUGCACUAUCUCUCCCUUUCAAACAACAACUUUCAAGGGAAAAUCCAUGAAGCCUUCUGCAAUUUUACUUAUCUCCGCUUGCUUGAUCUUUCCUACAACACCUUCAACGGCUUCAUUCCCAAGUGUUUGAUGACAAAGAACAGUACCCUCAGAGUACUAAACCUUGCAGGAAACAAACUCCAGGGCUCUAUUUCUGAUACCAUUUCAAGUUCAUGCAAUCUAAGGUUUCUUAACCUCAAUGAAAAUCUCUUGGGUGGUGUUAUACCAGAUUCUCUAGCCAACUGUCACAGUUUACAAGUCUUAAAUCUUGGAAACAAUCACUUCAGUGACAGAUUUCCUUGCUUCUUAAGGAACAUCUCCACCCUGAGAGUGCUAAUUUUGAGGUCAAAUAAACUCAAUGGUUCCAUUUCAUGCCCACACAGCACUACCAAUUGGGAGAUGCUUCAUAUUGUGGAUCUAUCCUACAAUAACUUCACUGGUAUACUACCAGGAGCAUUAUUGAGAAGCUGGACAAAAAUGAUUGGUAACCAAACAGAAUCCCAGGAAGAGCAGGGGACAUUAUUUUUUGACAUGUUUGAUAAUCAUGACAACAUCCGUUACAAUACUUUGUUCUCUGUUAUCAACGAGUUUCUUGUCUUAAAAUUAUUCAAAUUGUUGUCAACUGAACCUUACACUGUGGCUGACCACAUAUUUGCCUACUAUGUCACUUCUAACCAGUUUGGUGGUCGCUAUUUGAAUUCAGUCACAAUCGUGUCCAGAGCAACACAAAUGCAGUGGAUCAAAAUUCCUUCAGCCUUGACUUCCUUGGAUCUCUCCUGUAACCAUUUUCAAGGUCCAAUACCUCAAGAACUUUCGAGUUUGACAACGAUGUAUAAUCUUAACUUGUCCCAUAAUGCUUUCUCAAGCAAUAUCCCCUCAUCAAUUGGAAAUUUGAGGAAUCUUGAAUCCAUGGAUUUGUCAAAUAACAAUCUGAGUGGAGAAAUCCCAGUUGAGCUUCUGGACUUGAAUUUUCUAGCAUACUUGAAUCUCUCAUUUAAUCAUUUGUGGGGUAGAAUCCCAAGUGGUGGUCAAAUGUACACAUUUGAAGCAAGUUAUUUUGAGGGCAAUGAAGGAUUAUGUGGGCCACCCCUGAAAGAUUGCAGCAAUGGUAUUGUGAGAGAUUCAGAUCCAACACCAGUAUAUGAAAUGCAUGGAUCAAUUGAGUUAAAUUUCUUGAGUGUUGAGUUGGGAUUCAUUUUUGGGUUUGGAAUCUUCAUUCUUCCCCUUAUGUUGUUGAAAAAGUGGAGGCUUUUGUAUUGGCAAAUAGUGGAUAAUUUCCUUCAAAGGGUUGUGCCUCAACUUGAUUUUGUGUAUGAACACUGUGAGGGGAAAAGGUACAAGUCUCUAAGGUGGAUGAGGUAG